AUGGCGCCCCUCGCACACGUUUCCCGCACCUGCCUGCGGCAAAUCGCGCGCACCAGCCCGUCGACGGCUGCGCGCGCGCUCAGCACCUCGGCCGCCCGGAACGACUCGACCGCCACGAGCUACUCGAGCCCCUUCAAGGGCGCCCAGAAGGGCAGCAGCAUCCCCGACUUCAGCAAGUACAUGAGCAAGGGCUCUGCCGGCACCAACCAGCUUUUCGGAUACUUCAUGGUCGGCACCAUGGGCGCCAUCACCGCCGCCGGCGCGAAGUCCACCGUCCAGGAAUUCCUCGUCAACAUGUCCGCUUCCGCCGACGUUUUGGCCAUGGCCAAGGUUGAGGUUGACCUCAGCACCAUCCCCGAGGGCAAGAACGUCAUUAUCAAGUGGAGAGGCAAGCCCGUCUUCAUCCGCCACCGCACCCAGUCCGAGAUCGACGAGGCCAACAAGGUCUCCGUUUCCUCCCUCCGUGACCCCCAGAAGGACGACGACCGUGUCAAGACCCCCGAAUGGCUCAUCAUGUUGGGUGUCUGCACACACUUGGGAUGUGUCCCCAUUGGCGAGGCCGGUGACUUUGGCGGUUGGUUCUGCCCCUGCCACGGCUCCCACUACGAUAUUUCCGGCCGUAUCAGAAAGGGACCCGCUCCCCUCAACCUCGAGAUCCCCGAGUACGACUUCCCCGAGGAGGGCAAGCUGGUCAUUGGUUAA